AUGUUCAAUAAUAUCGGAUUGCCAACACCACGUGGUAGUGGAACUAAUGGCUAUAUCCAAAGAAGCCUCGCUACGUGUCCCAUAAAACGUUCAGGCCCAAAAGAUGACCUAAAAAUAGUUAAAGCUAAGGUUAGGACUAGGAUGGAUCCUAGCCUGCUUGAACAUGAAAGAAGGAGGGCAGUAGAGGUACAACUUCUGGAGCUGAUAGAUAAGUUGAAGGCAGAAGGCUGUAGCGAACAUGACAUCAAAACGAAGGUGGAACAGGAACGCGCUAUAGCCAUACAACGGAUCGAGAUGGAAAGAGAAAAUGUAAAUGUACACCAAGCCGAUGCAGCAAAGCUCGACACCCAUAGGCAGGCAGAACUCAAGUAUAGGCAAUUAGAACGGGCAGCAGAGGCAUUUGGCAUAAAAGAAGAUCGCCACUCGGUCUAUGACAAUGGAAAAUCCCUAACCAGUAGGAGUGGGAGCUAUAGCGCCACUAAUUCGACUAGUAGUAGAUCAAGAUGUUCUGGCCGAUCGAGUGACCCCCAUGCAACAAGCAGGAGUAGUAGCGCAAUAUCGGGUUCGAGUCCCAGAAAUUGCACCAGAAGGAAGCCAGGUAUCGUUGCAGAUGGUCAUGGCAAAAAUAGACAUGGGAGAUAUGGAAGGGGGUAUUCUCAUAGACCAAAAGGUUACAGGACAAAAAAUGCGCUUAGAUCUAGAUCUCGCAGCCCCAGUAUUCCUAGAUAUUACUCUAGGGAUAGGGAUAGAUCAGGGCCCAGGGAUAGGGAUAGAUCGGGGUCCAGGUAUAGGGAUAGAUCGGGGUCCAGGUAUAGGGAUAGAUCGGGGUCCAGGUAUAGGGAUAGAUCGGGGUCCAGGUAUAGGGAUAGAUCGGGGUCCAGGUAUAGGGAUAGAUCGGGGUCCAGGUAUAGGGAUAGAUCGGGGUCCAGGUAUAGGGAUAGAUCAGGGCCCAGGUACAGAGAUAGAUCGGGGUCCAGGGAUAGGGAUAGGUCAGAGCCCAGGGAUAGGGAUAGAUCAGGACCCAGGGAUAGGGAAAUGUCACGCUCAAGAAAGGAAUAUAGCAAAGGUUACAGAAGUAGCAAAAGAUCUCCAAGUUAUGAAAGCAGUCGUAUGAGCUAUGAUGGGAGCCAUAGUGGUAGGGGUUCCACCUCCAUGAGUAGGAGUGAAUCAAGGUCUUCGGGAUCAAGGGCGCUAAAUGGCAGGAGGUAA